CUGCGGGCAGUGUUGGCCUGAAGGGGAGUCAUGGCUACAGGCUGGAACUUGAACCUGGUGUGUCAAACUCCAAACUCCAUCUGAUUCCACUAUGAAAGACUUUCCUGCUUUGGAGGGCGAAGAGUUAGGACUAGAUUCAGUCUGGUGUUUCUCAACCAUGCCUGCCCAUUGGAGUCGCCAAGAGGACUUCUAGAGCUCUCACAACCCUGAUCAACUACAUCAGGCUUUCUAGCAAAAAAGGACCAUACCAGCAUUUUUAGAAGCCCCCCCGCUCAACCCUAAAGAAAACUGAGCACCUCCCAACAUUUAAUAUCAAAAACUACCUAAAAUAAAGAUUAUUGGGCCAGGGGAAGAGAUCCAUGGAGGUGGGCCCUGCUAUGGUUAAAGAGGACCGUGGAGAAAACCAGAUUUCACCAUGUCGGGGGAGGAGGUGCUUUCCCAAGGCACUUGGCUAUGUCACCGGUGACAUGAAAGAAUUUGCCAACUGGCUUAAAGACAAACCCCUGGUGCUCCAGUUCAUCGACUGGGUCCUUCGGGGCCUGUCCCAAGUGGUGUUCGUCAGCAACCCCAUCAGCGGGAUCCUGAUUCUGGUCGGACUCCUGGUCCAGAACCCCUGGUGGGCUCUCACGGGCUUUGUAGGAACAGUGGUCUCCACCCUGACAGCGCUGGUGCUCAGCCAGGACAGGUCAGCAAUUGCAGCAGGAAUGCACGGCUACAACGCCACCCUCGUGGGAAUACUCAUGGCUGUCUUUUCAGACAAGGGAGACUAUUUCUGGUGGCUGUUAUUCCCCGUAUGUGUUUUGUCCAUGACUUGUCCACUUUUCUCAAGUGGGUUGAACUCCGUGUUCACCAAAUGGGAACUGCCUGUCUUCACCCUGCCCUUCAACAUGGCGAUAACCCUGUACCUUUCAGCCACGGGACAUUACAACCCAUUCUUCCCAACCACCUUGAUCACACCUGAAACCUCGGUUCCCAACGUCACCUGGUCUGAACUCAAUGCCCUGCAGUUAUUGAAAUCCCUGCCUGUGGGUGUUGGCCAGAUAUACGGUUGUGACAACCUGUGGACAGGGCUCAUUUUCCUGGGCGCCAUCCUGCUUUCCUCCCCGCUCAUGUGCCUGCACGCUGCAGUGGGAUCGCUGGUGGGCACAGCAGCAGCACUCAGUCUUUCGGCUCCAUUUAAGGACAUCUACUUUGGACUCUGGGGUUACAACAGCUCUCUGGCCUGCAUUGCGAUUGGAGGAAUGUUCAUGGCGCUCACCUGGCAAACCCACCUCCUGGCUCUUGCCUGUGCCCUGUUCACGGCCUACCUCAGAGGCAGCAUGUCGAACAUGAUGACCGUGAUUGGAGUGUCCUGUUGUACCUGGCCCUUCUGCUUGGGCACACUGCUGUUCCUCCUGCUGCACACAAAAAACCCCAACAUCUACAAGAUCCCCCUCAGUAAAGUCACUUAUCCUGAAGAAAACCGCAUCGUCUACCUUCAGGCCAAGAGAAGGAUGGCCGAAAGCCCUCUGUGAGCGCAACCUUCACCCCCCGCCGUGGUCGCAGUCAUUUCUGACUAACUGCCCAGUUGGCCUCCAGGGCCCCAGCAAACCGUUGUUUUCCUCUAGUAACCGCCCCCCACUAACCCACCGGCGACCUGUUCUUCCGCUCAUUUUGUAGUUUUCUUUUAGACUUCAGGAACAUCCCUCAAGAUGUGAGAGACCCAUCCAUGCGCUCUUUCUGUGGAGCUUUAAACCCUUAUGGGGCGUGGGCACUAAGACUGGAGUGUAUUUAUAAAGCCAAAAUGCUCCAGCAGAAAGAGGACGUGAGACAGAGCUAAUUAUUGAUAUUUAUUGAUACACUUGGUGUUCAGUUGGCUAGAGGAUGUUAACAGUAUUAAACAUUAAACUCUGUAAGCCAACCUAGCCUUAAAGGAGUGGAAUUCAUGAUCACGAAAUCGAAGUCAACCCAGAAUCCUCAGAUAAGCGGCCUGGCCUGUCAGAGUCACUGUGAGUGAGCCACACGUUCCGGCUGCGGGCAACAUGGCAGAGGUGCGGGUGCGGGGAUGGCCGGGCCGCCCCCAGCCCCCCCCCACCCCCCACCCCCCCGGGGGGGUCCUUGGCCUUCCCGCCGCACAGCGUGGCUUGUACAGCAGAUAAGCUCGGGUGUCUUCAAGCCGACAGAGCAGCAGCAGGGAGAAAGGGCUGUUGUCAGUCAAAAUUAUCCUGUACUGUUGCUUUUCAUGGAGAUUGCAAAGGCUUUUUUUAGGUAGAGUUUAUCAUCUUUUUCUUGUGAGAACGUCCCCUUCGCUGUGUAUCAGCCCAGUAUUUCGGAGCAUGCAGGAGGUGCAACUGGGGAACCCUAAAGGGUUUUUCCUCUUUGGCUUCGCCGUGCUCAGUGCCAAAUACACAGUGUGCUGAAUCAAUAAACAUGAAAAGGGAAGUAAAUUUACAAAUAGUUUAGGGAGAAGGUCACUUCUUCCUUCUCUCAGGAAAACAAACAACCUUGGUUCCCAUUUAAAAGCCCUGUGACCAAAGCCUUUUGAAACCACGACUUGGCAACAGUCACAUAUAUUCCUGUGGAAAAAUGAAAAUGUCAGUGUUUGAACUGCCGUCCCUCUGGUUAGGGAAUUUGCGAAGUGAGACUUGGGGGAGGGGGCGAGAAAAGCGAGCACCACCGAGGAGGACCAGGAGUCAGGAACCCGGCAGCGGCUGAGUGAGCCGGAGGCCUCCUCACUGUCUCCAAGCCCAUCUUCAGAGAGGAGCCCUGCCCAGGGUGGUAAUCCCGUACCUUCUCCCUGUGUGCUCACACGGACUUGUGAAUAAGAACAUUUUAAAGCCUUGUACAUUGUCUAAUUUAACUGGUAUUGGUUUUCCCAAGCUAUUUUUGUCACUAAGCAUUAGCCUAAAAUUAAGUAUUUUAUGAGUUUUCUUCAAGAACACUUGUAUUUUUUCCUACCAUUUAUAUAACAAGUUUCUGUGUAAGAAUACAAAUAAAUCAUACUCACAGC